AUGACCAAGGUCGACCAGAAAGUCGCUCUGAUCGUCAUCGACGGUUGGGGUGUCGCCGGUCCUAACUCCCCCAAGGAAGGAGAUGCCAUUGCGGCCGCCGAAACCCCCUAUAUGUCCGGCUUUGCCGAUCCCAAGUCCGAGACUGCCCAGGGUUACACCGAGCUGGAUGCCUCGUCGCUCGCCGUCGGUCUGCCCGAGGGUCUCAUGGGUAACAGUGAGGUCGGUCAUCUGAACAUUGGUGCCGGCCGUGUGGUCUGGCAAGACAGCGUCCGCAUUGACCAGACUCUCAAGAAGGGUGAGCUGAACAAGGUCGACAAUGUCGUCGCUUCGUUCAAGCGCGCCAAGGAGGGCAAUGGCCGCCUGCACCUGCUGGGUCUGGUCUCGGACGGUGGUGUCCACUCCAACAUCACCCACCUCAUCGGUCUGCUCAAGGUCGCCAAGGAGAUGGAGAUCCCCCACGUCUUCAUCCACUUCUUCGGUGACGGCCGUGACACCGACCCCAAGAGCGCCGCCAAGUACAUGCAGGACCUUCUCGAUGCCACCAAGGAGAUCGGCACUGGUGAGAUCGCUACCGUCGUGGGACGCUACUUUGCUAUGGACCGUGAUAAGCGUUGGGACCGAGUUGAGAUCGGCAUGAAGGGUGUCGUCGUCGGAGAGGGCGAAGAGAGCUCCGAUCCCGUGAAGACGAUCAAGGAGCGUUACGAGAAGGGCGAGACCGACGAGUUCCUGAAGCCCAUCAUUGUGGGCGGCAAGGACCGUCGCGUGCAGGAUGACGAUACCCUCUUCUUCUUCAACUAUCGCUCCGACCGUGUCCGUGAAAUCACCCAGCUGCUGGGCGACUACGACCGCUCUCCCAAGCCCGACUUCCCCUACCCCAAGAACAUCCACAUCACCACCAUGACUCAGUACAAGACCGACUACACCUUCCCCGUUGCCUUCCCUCCUCAGCACAUGGGUAACGUGCUGGCGGAGUGGCUCAGCAAGAAGGAUAUCCAGCAGUGCCACGUCGCCGAGACCGAGAAGUACGCCCACUUCCCCGGUGAGGUCCGCGACAUGAUCCCUUCGCCCAAGGUGGCGACCUACGAUUUGGACCCCAAGAUGAGCGCCGCUGGUGUUGGUCAGAAGAUGGCCGAGCGCAUUGCUGAGGGCAAGUUCGAGUUCGUCAUGAACAACUUUGCUCCUCCCGAUAUGGUGGGUCACACUGGUGUCUACAAGGCUGCCAUUGAGGGUGUGACCGCGACCGAUAAGGCCAUCGGGGAGGUCUACGAGGCUUGCAAGAAGCAUGGCUACACUCUCUUCAUCACUGCCGAUCAUGGUAACGCCGAGGAGAUGCUCAACGAGAAGGGUACCCCCAAGACCUCUCACACGACGAACAAGGUUCCCUUCAUCAUGGCCAACGCCCCCAAGGGCUGGAGUCUCAAGAAGGGUGACGAGGGUGUGCUCGGUGAUGUCGCGCCUACCGUCCUGGCUGCCAUGGGUAUUGAGCAGCCCGAGGAGAUGUCUGGAAAGAGUCUGUUGGUGAAGGCAUAG